AUGAUUUGGAAGAAACAAAUGAAGAAGGCGAGCGUGGUACGAUUCAUGGACAAGAUUGCAUUUACCCUUGGCAUGUUUGAGUGCUGCUGCACCCCAUGGCUAUUGGCAGUAUAUCCCGAAUGGAUUCCCUUUGUGCAUACUUUCCAGUCUGUCAUUUUAGUUGUUGCCCGUUACAUUUUGUACAAGCGCAAGAGCUGGCAUUUUUUCUUGCUUGACAUGUGCUACUUUGUCAAUACUGUCGUGAUUCUAUACCUCUACGUUUUCCCUCAGUCACAAGUCUUGUUUGGUGCUGUCUGGCUGCUCUCGCAUGGGCCUCUUGCCUUUGCCAUUGUUACAUGGCGUAACAGCCUUGUCUUACACAGCUUGGAUAAAGUCACCAGCGUUUAUAUCCACAUGAGUCCACCCAUUACUCUGUACACAAUCCGGUGGCUCUAUCCUGAUUCGGAUAAUAGCCGUUUUCCAGCUCUGAAAGGCAUGGACGUACUUCCAACUUCGUCAUCACUCAAAUCAGCAAUUGCUAUUUACUUGAUGUGGCAAGUUGCUUACUAUAUUUUUGUGGUAAUAUGGAAGCGAGAGAAAAUCCAGGCGGGAAAACGCGUGACAUCCUACACGUGGCUACUGAAUGAUCCUAAAGGAGGCAUGAUUUCGAAAGUCGCACAUACCUUUGGCGAGAAGCAUAGUAUUCUCACGUUUAUGGGCAUGCAGUUAAUCUACACUUUUGUGACAUGCUUAUUUGCAUUGCUGCUGUAUCGCAACUUUAAGUUGAAUACGGCCUUUUUGGUUGGGCUGUUCAUUGUUAGUGUCUGGAAUGGUGCAUCCUAUUAUAUGGAGGUGUUUAGCAAGCAGUAUGAGAAGCAGUUGAGUAAGCUUGCAGCUGAAGUCUCGAAUGCGGUUGUCGCUAAUCAAAUAGCACAGGAGACAAACGGAACGCUGCGUGAACACGGAGACCAAGGACAUCACCAUCAUGAGAAGCAUGAAAGUUUGAAGCAACAGGCCGAAACAGUCAAGACAGAUACCGAGAAGAAGAAUGAGUAG